CGCGUCACAACAAAUGGCCGCUCGUCCCGCCCCCGCCCCACGGCGGCGAAUGGACUCACCCGCAGACGGCGUACAAGCGCACCGCGCGUCACGUGACCGGGCGGAGGGGCGGGGCCGGGAGAGAGCCGUUUCGCGCGCUGUGGAACUGACGAGACCGAAGCUGCAGGAAAAUGGACAGCGAGGUGCAGCGAGACGGAAGGAUCCUGGAUUUGAUCGAUGACGCUUGGCGGGAAGACAAGCUGCCAUACGAGGAUGUCGCGAUCCCACUGAGUGAGCUUCCAGAGCCUGAGCAGGACAACGGUGGCACCACUGAGUCUGUGAAGGAACAGGAGAUGAAGUGGACAGACCUGGCCUUGCAAUGUCUCCACGAGAAUGUCCCACCUGCUGGAAACUGACACUGGGUUUCUUUCUCUUAGUAGAGUUUUCAAAAAUAUGUAGGUAAAACAUGUUUCUUCUGUCUCCAAAUUCAGAUAUUUGAGUAAUAAAUCAACUCUCAAAAACA